GUCUUUAUGUGAGUGUGAGCACAGACUGGCACAGUUCCUCUGUGAGGGCGAAUGGCACAGAUCUCGGCCCCUGGGAGCGUACGCCGAACUCAGAAUCUGCCACAGUAUCAGCACAGGUAAGUGGCCACUCCUAGAACCUUCCUCAAUUCUGCCAAGUCAUUAUCUCAGCAACCUAUUGUUCCUGUGUCACUGUGUAAUUGUCUCAUUUAUUGUAACAUUUCCCCCUUUAUAAUAUUGUACAGCGCUGCAGAAUAUGUUGGAGCUAUAUAAGUAAUAAGACAUUCUGCUACAUUGUAUCCAGCAUGCAGCCUGUCUGGGCUUCCGAUACUCUGCAACAAUGUGGACUUGCUACAUUGCUUAACCCCUGCAUUGCUGAUCUGCAGUGAGCUGGGAGGGUUAUUAGUGUGGGAUCCUGCACCCGGCACUGCAGUGGUUACAGCCUGGCCUGGAGGGAUGGGCGGUGGGGAUUUACUAGAAUGUGCUGCCAUUGGUCCCAGCCAUGGGGUGCGUGUGUUCAAAAGCAACACAAAGGCCUGACUGCCCUCAUUGUGUGCUGCAGCCCAUUCACUGCUGGGGGUUUGGAGGGUCUCUUCACUUGGCUGUAGGACUUUCGGUUUGUUUUGGUUUUUUGUAACGUUUACAAUCCGAUUCUAUGAAGAUGUAAACGCUCUGUAUCUCUGUGUGAGUUUUCUAAAUAGUUUUGUGUAGCUAUAAAAUGAUGGCUGCUUGAGAUUACAAGGAUCAGGACUGCGCUGGCACUCACAGGGCUCCGUUUAAUUAGGAUUUGGGAGUUUAUUUCAGAAUGUGCACGAUGGGGUCAAAUAUUAGAAUGUAGGAAUAGCAGACUGGACUGAGCGUCAUUAAACAUUGAAUUGUUGGGAAUGCAAAGCUGAAUAAAAAAAAAAAAAUGUAAAAAAGUAUUUACUAAAGAGGGAAUUGUUGGGAAUUUCAAGAGACGUUUUAGUCCAAAGUAGCUGAAAACAUGAUUAACUUUUCCCAGUUUGUGAUUUUUGUCUCCAAGUUUCUGUCAGCUCUCACGUUGGCGAAGAAUGCGUCAAGCUGAGACUAUUUCAGUUAGAGAAUAUUUUGCAAACCAGCAUUUAUUGCAGAUUGACUGCAGUUGCAGGUUUAGUGAAUAGGCCCCAUUAUCUUUUCAGACACCGCUGGUUGGAUGGUGUAACUGGCCUGUCGUAUAGGGAUUAGAGCGUGUUUCACCCAGGGUUCGGGUAAAGUGGUCGGCGAUAAAUGCGCAAUACGGCCAAUUGAUGCCAUUUUACCUUCAGAGUAAUCAGGGUAAUACCAAGUGAGAAUUUACCAUCUGUCACCUGAGAUCUUAUCUCUGUCCCGUCUGCUGCUGGAUCAAAGCGAUGUGGACAUUUCACACUCAUCAAAUCCUCCAAUAUCUACACCUCAGUCUUCUCAAUUCAAGUCCCAGCAGUUGGUAAAUGGCUGAGAUAAACCAACAACGCCAAGCCACAACCAAACUGUCUGAGGCCCAUAACAGAGACAUGUACAGAUCGAAUCCUCGGUCCUUUAUAUUAUUAUUCAUAAAGCACCAACAUAUUCCGCAGCGCUGUACAAUAGGUAUUUAUGGACUGGCAGCAGAAAAUGGGUGGCAGAAUGUUUAUAAAGAGUUACCGCGAUGGAAUGUUUAGCUACAAUAGUUCUAAUUUUGUAGAAUUUUCCUGAUUUAGAACCAGAGUAGACCUGAUCUAGAAGCUUUUGAGACAUGGGUGCUGACGUGUACUCCGGGGCCCUUGACAGAUGUUGUUGCACGGCUGGAAUCAUUGAAUAGCCAUUGUUUGUGGCCCGUGGCUGCAUCCAACUUGAUGUCUAAUGGAGACUCCUUGUGGAGUUAUUGCUGGUGAUUGAAGACGUUACGGGCAGGUGUUGCACAUCCUGUAACGCUGUGUGUGGUUGUGGGUUUUUUUUUUGCCGUGUGUAUUAACUAACACAAUUCCAGAGAGGUCAUAUCACCAUGGUGAUUUCAUUUUGCCCCAGGGCAAACCUAAUGCUCUCACACAAACCGCAAAGUAUUAUUGAAGUAUUUUGCCUGCAGGGACGAUAGUUUACGAAAUAACUGAUGGACGAUCCAUAUUAAUUUGUAAAUGGCUGGUAGAGAAUUAUGUGAGUUGCAGUAAAAAAAAAACAGAAUGAGAGCUUAGAAACACACAAACUGUAUGAGUGUGAUACAGGGAGUAUUUAACAGCGUUGGGCAAUUCUAGCAGUUUUUGGGGAGUUCCCACACACUCCUAGCCUGAAGCUCUGGGAGUUUUUCUGUUUGCCUGUGUGUUUAUGAUGUCAUCCCUUCUAAUGACUCAAUCCCAUCAGAUGUCAGCGACAGAAUGUUAUUCUAUAACAUAAACUCACAUUAACGUGACUGGGCCUGAGAGACGGCCAGCCUUCAGGGUGAGUAAAGCAUAUAAAAUAAUCAUUUUAACAAAUCCACAUAAAGGAAUCCCUGGAUAUAAUAAUUUAAAACUCUAAUAAGUGAUCCGGUAGCAUCAUGGCAAUGUACAAUCUAUAUCCUGGCUAGAACGUGGGAACAUCUGUGUGAUAAUCUUACUAAAAACACUUGGAAUUAGCGAGUCCUCUGGCAUACACAUGGUUAAUCCACAGGAAUGAACAAAUCCAUUCAAUACACACCAACUUGUAACGAACGCAUUCAGACAGAACCAGGAGUUGGACAGUUUAGGGGAAAAACUAUUUUGAUUCCUGUUAGAGGAGGGUAAAAUGUUUUACUUUAACAGUAAAGUUACACAGCAUCUAAAAAGAAUUCCGCCUUUACGGUGGAUUUUACAAUGGAAAUAUCUCAAAUGUAUUUAGCUGUAAGGUGCCAACAUAUUCUACAGCGCAGUACAACAUUUCCUGCUUGUGAAAGCUGGCUAGGGAAAAAUGUAACUAUUUUAUAUUAAAAUGAAAGUGCUGAUGUACUAGGAUAGGGUAGGCAACCUUUUAGGAGCACUGUGCCGAAAUAGGAUUGUGAUGGCCCGUAGCUAUUAUUUUAAAUUGAGGUGUGUAUGUUGCCGUAUUCUGCUUGUGUUAUUGAUACUGUGAUUGCUUUGUAUCGUUGUGUUUGUGCGUAUAUGAGCUGUUAUAUUGUAUAUGUUCAUUAGUAGUUUGUGGUAUCGUGUAUGACACCUAUAAAUGUGGGCUGUGUACGAGGGCUGCUUGUGGAAUUGUGUGUGGAUGAUAUGUCACAUUGUGUGUUUGGUAGUGUGUAUGUGAGGGGCUGUUUGGGGUAUUGCAUGUGGGGUUGUGUGCAUGUAUCUGGAUUGUUAGUGGUGUUACGUUUGUACGCAUGUUUGUGUGUGGGCUGUUCGUAUUAUUUGUAUGAGGAGAGGGUUAUUCUAGCAGUGAGGGUGGCUUCCCUGGGGUCCAGUGGGGACCAGGCUGACCAGGUACAGCUCAAGGACAGGAGCUGCAACAGUGGCUGCGGGCUGCUCUACUCCAGUGCAGAUUCCCAUUUACAAGUGCUGGAAUGAAGUGAUCUGAAAUCACUUCCUCUACGUGCUGCAAUGCAUAAAUUGAGGAUUGUCCCUCACCACCUUUUCGUAUUAGCAGAUAUCUGAAGUUUCACUGGGACUCCUGAUAGGCCAGAGCCUGUUUGGCUCUAGCAGCCUUGAGUGCCGUACAAAGACCCCUCAAGUGCCGUGCAUGGCACAUGUGCCAUAGGUUGUCUACCCCUGUUCUAGGAAGUCCCUAUCGGAGUAAUAACUUGUACAUGAAAAUCUCGUUGUGGUCAUGGGGUUUUUUAUUCUUCCCCAAACCUUUAAGCUAUGAAGGCUUCCAAUAAUAAGCUUUCAAAUGAUUCAAUACUGUGAGAAAAGUUUCCACGUGUUUUACGUACACAACUCACCAUUACAGUCUAAGGGGAUAUUUGUAGAUAAAUCCUUUGGAAAUGUUUCUAAAUGGAUUGAAUCAAAUAGAAAGCUAAUUAAAUGGAGGUCUAAGUUGGGCAAUAGCAGAUCAGAUCAGAGCAGUGCUGAGCCAAUUCAUGGUCCAGCCUGGAUUUAAAUCCCUGAUCAAAUACAAAUCUGGUCUACAGGAUCACCACAGUGCGCAUGCACACAAAUGACUGCGCAUGUUUUGCGGAUUCAUGCUCAGAAUGACACAAAGCGAGAAAUAGUGGGAAACAAUCGAAGUUCAAGAGUUUCAUAUUUUCUGGGAUAAAAAUCAUGCUCUGUAGGGACAAGAGAGGCAUUCCCUAAACACUAAUACAGGACCAAUAACUAAACGGUAAUACAUUAAUUCCUCACAACGCAGUCUGUGUAAACCCUGUGGCAGCGAGCAUGGUCCUGCAUGCUCCCGCUCUGUCCGACCACUGCUAUAGAAGGAUAUACUGAGAGGUUCUGUAUCAGAGUGGGGUCCCCAAGUACCAGAUUAUUAUCCUGAUGUAGAUAAUUGGGAUAUUUAAUGGGUUAAAUAGAAGGCUUUGCACAGCACAGUACACUUCCCCAGGAUCCCAUCUCUAGUCACGAUGGUCUCGUCCAGUGGCAUAUUAACUUUGCACACUAAGUCUUUGUGGUGGAGAGUCCAGCGGGCUGGUUAUGAGGAGGUAUACAGCGGUGUUGGCGGUUUGCUAGAUCGAUGCAGGGUAUAAAGGAGUCCAUUCACACCAACCAGUCACAGGAUCCCAAAUAUUAAGGCUCUUCCAGCAGCGUUUGCACGGGACGUGUGAAGCUGAUGCACUCCCGGCCUUUUUGGAAGGGUUGCACGUUGGCUGACUGCUUGGGUAGAACAGUGUUCCCCUCUGUGUUGUCUGAGCCUGUAUUUUCACUUUCUGCUGGAGGCCUAGUACGGGUAGACAUCCUUAAAGGAACACAAACUAGACAGUCAAAUGUCAGGCGCACUUACAUAUUCAGUGCCAACGUGCCGUAGUUCUUUAAAGAUUGCAUUUAUUUAGGAUUUAAAAAAAUAAAAUGGCUUUCAGUUCUGGAAAUCAAGGUGGUCUGAGGGCGAAGAGGGAUAACGAUCCAAAAAUAUAAUUAUAAUUAAAACGGGGUCUAUUCUAAUCCCCAUUGAUUGUUUGUAUCAAAUGUGUUAGUGGAACAAAAAAAACCUCAGAACUAACAAAACACAGGCAGAUUUUGUGCUUAUUCUCUGGUUAUUAUACCCGUGGAGGUUAUUAGGGAAUAUUUAUUUUAUACGUGGGCCUGUAGUGACCCAGCGGGCAAACAUGGCUAUUUCCACGAGUGGCUAAUAGAGUAUUUAUCAAAAGGAAGUCUAAGGGAUUGUGUACCAAAAACAUAUAUAAACCAGUUUACAAAACUGCAGCCCGGCUUUUAAUCCUGUGAUUUUUACCAUCGCUGAUAUACCAAAAAAAGUAUAAGAUGUGGACAAAAUUGCAAUAAAAACAAGUCAUUUGGAAAUGUGAAAGAAAUGCCAGAAUUUCAGACUAUUUAUUGUUAAAAUGGUGAUUCGGGUUUAUUGUUUUGGCACAGUCUGGCAUAAAAUGUAAAUUUAAAUUAUCCCAUGAUUCCUUGAACACGUGUGCACAGGGGGAAUUGCAGUAAAUCGAUGCCCAGGGCCCGUUCACGCACACAAAGUAGAGAUCAUCUGGUAGCAUUUUGUUGCUAGAAUGAUGAGUGAUACAAUGGACACACACGUACACACUGCUGUACAUCCAGCUCUUGUUCGCCUUAUUCAUUAUAAAACACAAUUCUAAAGACCUGCUUCUUUCUGAAUCAGCCAUGUAUCCUGCGUCAGUAACUGGCUGGGAUUUCUCAGCCAAUCCUGAUUGCUCCAUCGUUUUCACUGGACACACACACACACACAACACGUACCAUGAGCCCUAGGCCAGCAUGAGUUUAUAGUCAUAAAUCGCUUCAUUCAUGAAAAGACAUGAAUGAAAUAACUUGACAAGUCGGCAGCACAUGAUGUCAUAGCAGCUGCUGAUAUUAUAUUAUAAAUGCAUAUUUAUUAUGCAAAUCUUUUCAACAACAAUGAAUUAAGACGUGAAAAUGUAGCUCCUUGUACCGUAACAAUUAUGGAGGAUAAGUGGACAUUGAGUGUCAGAGUGUUGAGGGACACUAAACUCCUUAAGGAAUUAUUUGAGGCUUUCCAGACCUCCUGUGUCUUUAUAAAACUUAUUUUAGCGAUAAUACAUUAACGGGCCUUCCAAAGACGCGGUUUUUGUUUGGUUAUUUCUUGGUAAUCAAUUACUUCAAAUGUUGCUGCAGAGACAGGAAUGGUGUUCAUACAGGUAUAUGAUGAUUUACAAAAGACAUUGGUUUCGCAUGCACAGUAUUGCCAGGAGUGUGUUUUUUAAAUGAAUGAUGGCUCCUGUGUUUGUGACAAUAUAAUGGUUUCACCUGCCGUUUUCUGGGCCCACCGUGUAGAGCUAUGUUGCUGCAGAUUUUACCCGUAUUUAUUUGGAUUUUAAUUAAGAACAGAAAAGAAGUCUGCCUGACCUUAAAACAGCGGAACCCGUGCAGAGCGAUCUAAGGAAAGGCUCUCGCCCAGCGGCAUUUAACGGAGCACUCUGCCGUUUGACGUCACCACAGUUAUCAGACCAGUAGUCCCAAAUCAGGACUGUCACUCUGGAUUCGGGUUUGUUGGAAGCUACAGAGCUAAACAUUAAUAAUAUUUGUUUGUCAGGUGGCUUUCCACAUUCUGAGAUAUUGUAUUUUUUUCACUCAGUCCAGAUGUAAGCAGCAACACGCUCAGUCACGUAGGAGUCGAUCUAGUGUUUUCUUUGGGACGUUGGUUAAUGCGGGCAAUGAGUCAGGGGAAUAAUAUGUUGUAUCAGUCAGGCUCUGCCUUAUUCCAAAUAAACCGCAUUACUAGCAGCAUCCUCUGCUUCUACAGCGGGAGCGAGCCACAGGUUCCAAACAAUGUCAUCCGACUGGUUCAUGGAACAGCAUCCCAGCAGAAGUGGUAAAACAGAAUAAUAUUGGAUUUCAGCGCUGAUUGGAGGAGAGCAAUCUAUUGACCACAAUCUGUGUCCUCACAGAUACGGCAAGAACAGGCAGGAUUUCAUUGUGAAACAUUUAUUGCAAAAUUACCUCUAGAAAAUAGCCAGGCCGUGACUAUACUGAGCUGGAGAAUUCUUAAAAGCAUCGCUUUGUCCUGGAUAGCGCAGUGUGGUUUACAAUUCACCGUUUAAUAAAUAAAUCCCAGAAAAGUUUAUUCAUUGCGAAUUCAAUGUUGAGUUAAAACUUCAGGACAAAUGAUAACAUUUUCAGUCAGCCAUGUUGGCGCAGGACACAGGGAUCUCGGAUGUCCCUGUUUUAGUCAAGUCAUUUAAAUAUUGUGGCUGCAAAAUGGGAAAACGGUGCCUGCAGUCUAACAGCACCAGGGGUGGAUCCAGAACCAAGUCUCAGGAGUUGCACUGGUGGUGGCUGUAGCGGGGUUAAAAGGGCUGCAGCAGAGUGAUAGGAGGCCACACACAGGGACAUAGAAACACAAUAACACACAGAUACAAACAUAUACCCAACCAUACACACACCCACAUACAUACUCACUGACACCUACCUAACCCCCCACACACACACUCACUGACACUUACCUAACCCCACACACUCACUGACACCUACCUAACCAUACAUACACACCCACCCACAUACAUACUCACCGACACCUACCUAACCCCCACACACACUCACUGACACCUACCUAACCCCCCCCACACACACACACUCACUGACACCUACCUAACCCCACACACACACACCCACAUACUCACUGACACCUACCUAACCAUACACACACACACACACACACUCACUGACACCUACCUAACCAUACAUACACACACCCACAUACAUACUCACUGACACCUACCUAACCACACACACACAUCCACAUACUCACCGACACCUACCUAACCACACACACUCACUGACACCGACCUAACCAUACAUACACACGCACACUCACUUACACCUACCUAACCAUACACACACUCGCAUACUCACUGACACCUACCUACCUAACCAUACAUACACACACCCACAUACAUACUCACUGACACCUACCUAACCACACACACACACAUACUCACUGACACCUACCUAACCACACACACACCCACACUCACUGACGCCUAACCAUACACACACUCACAUACUCACUGACACCUACCUAACCAUACAUACACACACAUACUCACUGACACCUACCUAACUAUACACACACACACCCACAUACUCACAGACACAUACCUAACCAAAACACCCACACAUACGUAACCAAACACACACACACAAAUUGCAGUUUACAUAUUGUUAACCACCCCCUGCUUCCAUACCUUUUGGUUGCAGGGAGGGGACUUCCUGGGGCUGGCUGAUAAUGAUGGGAGUCUGAAGCUCCUACUCUAUGUGUCCUCCCAGCCCCCUCAGUCUGUAAGCUGGGACGAAGUAACAGUCACUUCCUCCCAGCACUCCCUGCAACAUUAAAGGGGCCCCAUCUAACAAAGAGCCCCUGAGGAGGUAGCUCCCCUAUGGGAGCUGCACUAUUUUCUGGAUCCGCCACUGCUUCUGCACCAUAACCACUGCAUCUACACGUAGAGGUUAACAUGCUUGGAUUACUUCUUAAUUUAGUAGAUAAAUGGAAAUGAUGCGUUAACUUAAAAACCAUAUAUAAAAUACAUAAUGGAGAUAUAAAUGAGAAAAACCAUUAUAGAGAUCUUUUCAGGCAUCGGGGAAGACAAAUCCAGAACCGCACUGGAAAAUGUAUUAAAAUAUCUGAUAGGAAGGCAGAGAGGGUGCUAUUAUCAGUCAAUCCCUGGUCUCACAUUCAUUGCUAUGGGCGCUUACUGUACAUGCGCAACUGACUUCAUACAAGAUGCCAAUAUUCACAUAUACAAAGAUUCUCUAUACACCGACUAUUAAGAAGACAGUGUUUUUCUGGUAUCCCCCUGAUGCUAACGGUUUGCACUGUAGAGUACUUAUAGGGUUAAAAUGUAAAAGGCUCAAGCAUGGCGCUGCGCGGUGGCCCGGUGUCUGGUAAGGAAGUGGUUAACACGUGAGCAGAAUACUUUUUGAUACAGAGAGCUGGGUCAGGAUUUCCCGGGGGGAAUUGGCAGAUUCUGCCGACCAGGCACAAUGAAACCCGUCACAGUGUUUUUGUUUAUACUUGCACUGACAGCGCCACUAUUUGGCUCAGGCCCCUCUGCUGAUGGGAGGUCACACACACAACUGCAGUCAUAUCAGAUUCGUACCCAGAAUGCUUUGGGCCAAUAACGCUGGCAGUUUGGUGUUUAUUUACUCUGCUAGAAGACAGGAAUUCAUUUGUAAUUCCACGUGGACACAGCAGACAAUCCCUUCAACUCCAACAAUAAAUCCCCUAAAAUAAAGUUGUUGUUUUUUUUAAAUAGAAUGUCGUUCUUCUAUAAUUAGCCAGGUCGCCCUAUGUGAGAAAGGGAUGGCUGGACAGACUGUAUCUUGAAUAUCCGGUUAAAUGAGGACAGCAUGCCCCCUCUAGUGGUUUUGGUGCACAGAUAGUGACCCUUUUCUUAGACAAUGUAACCAUUUUGGUUUCUGAAAAAAAGGCAGUAUUUACAUUAGUCCAAAAACCAUAACUCUGGUGGCCGUCAGACUGACCAUCACUAGAGUAGCUUCCCCACAGACCUUUAUUGUUUGAAGGUCUUUAUGUUCAGCGCCAUCACGUACAUCAUGACGACACUGAAUGUGAUGAAUGCUUCUCAUAGAUAAGGAUUGGGUUGGCUGAGCACAGAUUGCUGCGCAUGCACGGUAGGCACACAGUGAGAGUCUUACCAUGGCGUAUCAAGCAGCAGUGAGGAGUGUGCCUUAGCGCUGGAUUGCAGGCAAGUUACAGCUAAUUGCUUUCAGCCAAUGACCUCCUAUAGUCACACCCCCAGCAGCAGAGGGGUCAAAACUGUGUACGUGCAGUCUUUCAACGUUAAAUGCCGCACAUACAGGCUCCAUGCACCAUCAUCACUUCAAAUCACUGAAGUGGUUAUGGUGCUUGGAGUAACCCAUAAAAAAUAAAUAAAAAAAAAGUAAAAAUAAUAAUUAGAUGUACUUUGUAUACUGCUUUGGACACAGGGCAGAGUUUACAUUAGUCACAGGAUCUAUUUAUAUAUCUAUUUUUUGCCAUUAUAAUGUCAUGCUUUCCGUAACGAGAGCUAUUGUAUGAAAACCAUUCAGUGUGAGGCUGAUCUGAUGUGAACGCUGUAAUCCUGUGAAUAUACCCCUCAAGCAAGCGUCACCAGUUUUGCUAAAAGCACUAAGUAUCAGCUAAAUAGUCAGUUUAUAGACUUUCAUAGUAACUGGCUAUCAGCGCACGUUGAAAUGUGCUGGAAUUUGAUUUUACAAUGCUGGGCAUGCGGCCCAUUCUCUAAAUACUGUAACUGCUAAGCAAUGCUUUAUUAACCCCUUCACGUCAUCACUGGAGGUAGACAUAUUCGCAGCUUUGUAAACCGACCGACUUGCAGACCCGGCAGCCUGUUCCCCGUUGCAGUGCCAGCGUUUUCUGGCUAGCUAACUCCGUCACCGUCUUUAAGUGUCAGGGACGCUGCUGGAUUUGACGGCUGUCACCAUUAAUACCCUAACCUGUCCGUUAAUAACAGUUCUGCAAGUCUAGAGAGCGAUUCCCUAUAGCUAAUUGAUUGAUUGGGGGCCGAUAGGUGGCGUAAAUGCUUAAUUUAAAGUGAUAGACUGAUUCUUUAGAUAAAAGGGAAAUGCACAAAAUAUACCCAUUCCUUUCUCUGUAUUCCUAGAAUACUCCAUAUUGCUUCCCCAGUACCAGAUCUCCAAUACCUGUUCACAGCCUUUAAUCCUUCCAAGGCUGCGACGUUCUGUAUCAUUUAUUUGGUUGUCAAGGCCGAUCAUUACAAACUAACGAAAGUUAAAUGUAUCUACAUCCUGUUUAAAUAUUGUAAUGUUAUCAGUUAAAUAACUAUUCGGAUAUACAGUUUUUUUUUUUUUUGAAAAUCUUUUUAUUGAGAUUGGUCACUACGUAGAAAGCAGUGAGUGGGUAAACAAUGUGAAACUCGCAGGUUUCUAUAGUAUAUUAGUACACAAAAUAGAAUACAAUGAGAUAUGCAAAUCUCCACAUAACUUCCCCUAGAGAGACUCGUAGGUCUUCAUGCAGGGUGAGUAUGCGGUCGACAUUUUAAAAGCAAUAUAAUUAUACAACGAGGGGAAACAGUAGUAUUAUAUAAAAUGGAACGGCUGUAACAAACAGGUUGCUUCCCUUAGCCAAUAUGUGCGUAAAGGGUAAACGGGAGUUGCGUCGGGAGAGGUCGUUCUCAGCUAUUUAUGGCGGGAGCCACAUAACACUGUGUUACCUGGUCUUUCAAACGGGUAAUUGAAGUCAUUGUAUGAAAGGCAAGCCACUGGCUCCCGCUAGGUUCGGGCCCGUAGGUCCGUGUGGGUGUCGCUAGGUGUAUCCUAGCACGCAAAAAUAGUGGGAGUAUUCCCAGUUCGUGGCUAGCAUGCGUGAAGGCCAGCGUCGUUACCAAUCCUGGCAAAGCCUGCAAUACGCUAAUAUCCCGUGUUGCGAGUUACAUGUCGUUGGUAUUGACAACGCGAGUGUCAAUGUGAGUGAAUGUGCUGCGUCAUUGGUGUGUGUACCAGCGUUAGCAUUUGGUGAGCGUGAAGUGGGUCCUUUCGGUGCACAACCAUAAGUGAUGAACACGUAUUGUCCCUUACUUCGGUUUGUGCAUCUAAGAAUAUCUCGUGUUCCCCAAGCCAUGAUUUAUCGUUCAGAUCCUGCGGGGACUAAAAGCAUACGUGACGUGAGGGUGUAGCAAAUUGCACGUCUACUAAUAUUUCCCCCUAAGCCCCCUCCCUCAGCCCCGAGACCCGGAGCCCAUUAGUUAAGUGAUUGCAAAGGUGAAGAAAGAUAUGGAAGGAAUAGGUAUAAAAGAAAGGGAGAUAGGGUGGGUUAGUCUGCGUCAAGUGGAACCAGCGUCUGCUGUCACUCCAUUAGUGGGUUCAGGAGGAUCUGCUCUUUGUCUGUAUUGGGUAAUGAAUAGGAACCAAGGGAGCCACAGCUCCGUAUGUUUCGUUUUACGGUCGGUCAGGGUGGCGUGAAUGUCUUCCGCCCCAUAUAUGCGGAUAUACAGUUAAUAUCAGUUAAAUACCAUUAUAAUUAGGGAAUACAUUUAAUAUCAGUUAAAUACCAUUAUAAUUAGGGAAUACAUUUUAUAUCAGUUUGUACAGAACUGGCUCUCCUUUCCCACCAUCUUCAAACCAUUUGCACCUUCUGUUUCAAGUCUUGCCAUUUGAUGCCCCUUUUCUCCUCUCAUUUCCCUAGCCCUCCUUCGGUCCAUCAAUGCCUACAGACCAGUCUAAUUUUUCAUCCCUUCUUGCCAACGCUAAACAUUUUUACCUCCAUCCAAAAUUCUUCUGCCUAUAAUUCCUCGGUUUCCCCACCUCUCGAUGAAUCAGAUCAAUAAUGGCUAAUGGCGUCGAUACAGACGGAUACCCCACUGGAAUGGUUUCAGACAUGUGUGAAUUCACCUCUUUCAGUGCAAGAGACAUGCCAAGACGAUCACAAUACCAUGAGACUAACUCCUUGUCCAGAGGGGUUUAAUAAAUCAAUAGCCGUACACUUGUAUAUGGUUUAUAGGGGAAUCGCCGUAUUUGUUGAGCUUUAUUCUAUGUAUUGAUUUGUUUACAAUUUGAACGCUCCACAAUGAUUACACAAACACCUAACUUUUCUGCUUUUUUUCCCCUCCAGGUACUCUUGGAUGUGGACUUGUCUAUACAACAACCCAUCACAGUUUUGAGAAAUUGCCUACGGAUACGCUGACGUCACUUCUUGGCACAUUGUUAUCAAUCUUGGGAAAUAUUAUUAACUCUGUAUUGGAUUGUGUGUGAAAGGGGACAGCGGUGAGACGGUCAAGGAAGCCAAGAUGCCCAUCUUAAAGCAGUUGGUAACAAACCCCAAUGUAUCCAAGAGACGCUCUCGAGCAGACCUCACAGCGGAGAUGAUUAGCGCUCCUUUGGGGGAUUUUCGCCAUACGAUGCACAUUGGAAGGGCUGGAGAUGCAUUUGGAGAUACUUCAUUUCUCAAUAGCAAAGGAGAGGAACAACCGGAGCCGGAAGAAUCAGUGUCCAAGCCUGGUCUAUUAUCCAGACAUUUCCGCAGCAGCAAACGCUCUCUGUCAGUUACCCGCAGUGAUCGAAGGGACAUGCUUGGGUCGCUCAGAGACUCUGCCCUGUUUGUUAAAAAUGCGGUUUCUUUGCCCCAGUUAACUGAAAAGGAGAUGGAGAAAAGCUCCUCCAGCAAGAAAAUGCCCAAAAGCUUGUCAUCCAGCCCCGUCAAAAAGGUACCUGAGCAACACAUAAAUGGGGCUUCGGCUCAGAGCCCACCACCCAUUCAUGAUCUUGCACUGGCUGAGAAAGAGUUUGGGGAAUUAACAGAGCUACCAGAACCAUCUUCUAAAAGCAACUACGGCAUGAAGCACGCAGAGUCCAUCAUGUCCUUUCACAUUGACCUAGGGCCAUCCAUGCUUGGAGACAUUUUAAGCGUCAUGGACAAAGGUGAUUGGGAACAUGAUCUGGACCGUAGUCUGGAUGAUCUCGAUGGAAAUGGGAUACAGUCUGGCCAGCAAUCUGUGUCCACUUGGCGCACAGGUCCUUCACAUCCAGGACACCAAACAUAUGCACCUGAUCCUGGGAGUAAGGCAGCCACGUCUCGCCUUAAAUCUGGCAUUAGCCAGGACACCAAAGGCAAGAAUUCGGACUCCAGAAGUACAUCAGGUGAAAAGGUGAGGAAGGGAAGAGACUUUUCCUUCAUGGACGAGGAGGAAGACGAAGAUGAGAUUAGGGUGUAGAAAAAGCAAAUAUAUCUGUAGUCUCUUUAUUCAAUGGAGAAACUGCCCAAAUGUAAAGCGAACUGGCUCACCCCCUUGUUGAUCUUGGGAAGCUAUUCAGGCAUUGACCCUUUUCCUAUGUGCCUCGUGUGUGCUUUGUGGAACCAAGAAUGGAGUUUGUAAGCCAUUUUAAGACAUUGAAUGGCGAAAAGGACUCCAAACAGACUGGCACGAUCCUUACGUGAAUAUGCAAGACCUAGAACGUGCUGAGGACUACGUGAGUGGAUCCUGUGUUCUAUUUCCACUCCAACCAAGACAAAAAGCUUUCUAAUUGGGGCAAAAUGUUAAAAGCAAGCAGCUGAUCCCAGACGACAGAGAGAGAUUAGCGUCACGCUGUAAAGCAGCCCAGUGGUUGAAUGUCACAUUUAGAAUCGCCCCCUGGGGCAAUGGGUCAUGUUUAAGGUGGUAGCCCAAUUAGGACAAACAAUAACGGUUUGUUGUAUGCCAGACAUCUGACUGUCUGAGGACUCCCUCCAAAAGGAUGUAAAUUUGGUUUUUAAGUUUUGUUGUAGAUUAUAUAUUCUUGACACUCGCUGACCUUCCAUUCCCCCCCCCCCCAUACAUUUAUACUAAUGAGUUUACAGCCCCAUUCACAUGGAGACAGUUUAAACUCUAGCCAGUUCCCAUUCUUCUCAAAUCCAUUAUUUGUCCUCAAAGUCACAGCUAUUAAACAAAUGAAGGAUCUGAAUCCAAGAAGGUGGCGAUAAUUUGUCAUGUGUUGGGCAGCUCAAACAUUGAGUAGGAACAAGACAAGUGUCCUAAAUCUUUCCCAAGCCGUACGCUAAACCCCCUGACCCUGAUUUUUUUUGGAGGAGAAGCAGUAUUUUAACAAAGCCAAGGUUUUAGAAUGUCACGAUUUUUCUAUAACUUUGCAGCCAUUGUUGGGACUGCCACUAUCUUUCAUCAGUUGGCUAAGGGGAUGAGAGUUGUAGUCCAACAACUGAUAGAAGGAGCGGUGUUCCUUCACAGCAGAGACCAAUUAGUGCAGAGGUUAUCGGUUCUCUGUUACGGCUAGUCUACGUAUUGGCCCAGAUGUAUAAGGAAGGAUUCUGCACAUAUUGUGUGACCCAAUCAGUAGGGACACUCCCCUGUGUUGCCAUGGUGACAGCUUCAUGUUUAGAACUUUGCCCCAGAAUUAUUGAUCUUACAUUUGGCCAAUCAUUUUUUUGCUUGAGAAAGAAGGGGAGAAAUAAAGGAUGUUAUUUUAUUUUAUUAUGGUCUGAUUUAGGGAAACGUUUUAUUUGUAUUAUUUAUUGAAUAAAAACACUACACUGUUGAUAGAUGGCUGCUCUAGUACCGUGACUGUGCCUGGCAGAAUGCCCCUUAUGAUAAUUUUUUUUUUUUUUUAAAUUAAAUACAUGUAUCCUAUGCAGCUUGCAGGACUCUGAGCUGAGACCAAGUGACGUUUGCUGUCAUAUAUUAAAGGUUUAUUUCAGCAUAGUGAGAUUUACCUGCCGGUUUACUUUGGUGAAUUCAUCUUAUUUUUGUCUGAUAGACCAUUUGGAUAUUUAGAAAAUCAACAAAAAUAUUUGCCAGCUCAGCUGUAAUUACUAUUGAUCAUUGACUUUUGACCUCUGAACUCCAAUUAAGGCGCCACCUUGAGAGGACAUUCACUUGGCGCACGGGUCCACUUUAACCCCUUCACCCCACGAUCCAAUUUCAUUUAAGAGGGGCCUGGCUUUAUGGGAGAAGAUGUUGUGGGACUCCCAUUCAGUUUAUACUCCUAUAAAAAGGGGAAUUAGAGGGGUAACAGUUACCCAAUUUGUUAAUGCAUUAUAUACAUAGUAACAAAACACUAAAACGUUUAUCUAAAUCAUUGUUUAGUGGAAAUAUUCCAGUCCAGUCUGUGGGGGUUGAUCGUAUCCUUUGAACCCCUGUUUUUCUGCAGUGAAUCUGGCUAUAUUUUGCGCUCAGCAGAGCUGGGAUCUGCGGCUCGGUGAGAUCGGGGACACAAUGAUCAGCAACAUAAACUGCAACCAAUACAAAGUUACCAAUUCAUGUCAGCCCCCCUUUAAAUGCUGCAUUACGCCCAGAGCAUCUGUUUUUACUGAUCAAUACAAAUUGUUACUAUAGCUUCUGAGAAAACAUUGGAGUUUAUUGUUCAAAAACUUCUAAUAUUAGGGAGAAGAAAACUAACUGAGGAAAAUGCAGACUACGGCCUUGUUAUAAUAAGCUAUUCAACACAGUUACAAAUUUCCAAAUGCUUUAUCUACAAAAAUCCCCAUAAACGGUAAUAAUGACCACUUGGAUAAAUCAGUAUUAAAGUUAUACUUACCGUAUUGAAUCAGAAAGUUUAUUAAACCGUGGCCUCAGCUAGAUAAAUGACAGCGACAGACGAGGUAGAGAAUUUUCCUAAAUAAACUAUUUUUCGCUACAUGUUGCAAUUUUUUUCAUUUCACUACAAUUUGCUGUUUAGUCAGUGAACCCAACUUGUCGUCAGACAAUCCGAACCCAACAUCUCCUGUUCCUGGCAGUAAACCAAUUACUACACUAACUCGUUAGAAAAGGAAUAUAUUACACGUAUCUCAGACGUACGACCAUCCAGAGGAGACUGUGACCUAUAGAAGUAAUUAACGUUCGGCUUGUCCUUCGUACCAUAGUUUAUUUCUUUACUAAAAAAAAUUUUUUUAAAAAAAAAUACAUUUUGCACAAACCCUUUGGCAGCCAGGCAGUAUUGCACAUUCAGCUCAGAAAUAAUUCGGUUAUUUCUCUACAAAGAGAGAAGAAUUUGGUUUUGUCUACUGUGUAUAAUGACUCUGUAUCUUUAACGCGCUGGACGGGCCGUGCGGAGUACAUUGUGACGUUUGUUUACCCACAGUGACCCAAAUAAAAUCAUAAAUUGCUCUUCUACAAGAUCCGUCUCAUGUUUAUUUUAUCCUAAUCAGGGUUAAAGUGCUACAAUCUUUAUUGCUGGGAGGGCCAGGACUCAGAGAAAUUCGUGGUUUGUUAUUUUGGGAGUAUAAAAGGGUUAAUUGAUCCUGUUUUGGGGAUGUAGUAAAAAUGUACAUGGUUUCUUUAAUAAUAUUGUUCUGUGUGAUAAAUGUCGGAGCCAAUGAGGAAGACACAGGGAACAGACUAUCUACCGGUGCUGCCCAUGUGGUUGGGGAGUAGAUUGGGCACGCUGUGUUUAGCAGUUCUGGG